AUGGGGCGCUUGAGCAAACAUGCAGUUGCACUUCUUGCUGUGACGCUGAUGAUGCAGAUGGCUGCUUCAAUUAUUGUCUCCCUGUUCUUGUUUUGCUGCAGUUUUACCUCAACAGAAGCCAAAGAUACUUGUGAAGCUUACGCACCUGUCGGCGGGAGUUUUGUUGUACCUCUGCAACACAAACUGCAAACAUUAGACAAUCUGAGAUGGAAGCACAACAAGACCAAGAUCUUUCAUCGACUUUCAAAUGAGACUCGUUCAGGGAAGCCAGAUGAUAUUAAUAGAAAUGGUUCUCUAAGGCUGACAAACCUGAAGAGAAGCAGUGAAGGCCUCUACAUCCCUGAGGUUUUUAAUACAAAUGGGGAACCUUUACUGAAUGGAAAAGGCCUAUAUUUGUGUAUCUUGGAUCCUGUUCCAAAGCCUGGAUUGCAAAUUGAAUGUGUCUUGCCCAAUGUGAAAUUCACGUGCAUUCCUGGUAAGACAGCUUAUGACACUCUGGAGUGGUUUCAGAAUGAUAAGCCUUUGUCCGAGGAAAAUGAGAAGACUGUACUGCGAGUUGCCAGUGAGGUGCCACAUUAUUCAUUCAAAUGCAAAAUUUCCAAUCGAGUCAGUUCCAUGAACAGUGAAAGCUUGAUACAAAAUUGCAUGGGCUCAAGUGAAUCCAUCUUCCCCAAAGAACUAUUUGGCCUAGAUUUUAGGAUCAUGGCAAGCAUCCUUGCUAGCUUGGGAGGCCUGGCUCUGUUGUUGAUCAUUAUCCUAUUCGUUUGCUGUAUUCGAGCCAUAAAAGAAAAACAAAAACAAGUUAAAGAGGAGGAGGAGCUUCGCUUGGGAUGGACCAAUUCUGAAGGACAACACCAACACCGUCAUCAACCACCCAAACGACAUCACCAUUGUCAUGGUCAAACUGGACCCCGGCAACACCGCAGCAGACAGCACAGAGAGCCAAGGUAUCAAAGAAGCAAACCUCAGGCCAGACCCAGAAGUGACACACAGCCUUGA